AUGACUUCAAUCAAUGACAUUAUGAGUGAAUCUUCUACAAUGUCUGAAUCAUCAUCUCAAAUAUCAAUCACUUCAUCUCAAACUUCUACUAGUUCUACAACAACUUCAAUCUCCUUUUAUAAAUCUUUCCAAGAUUGGUGGAAUUCUUCCUCUUCAUAUCUCUCACAACAACCACCACCACCGCCAUUGGCUAUUAAUGAACAAGAACAAGAAGAUAACAUUGAAUCACCAGAAAUUAAAAAUGCAAAGUUUAAAAAUAGAAUGAUUGAAUAUGAAUUAUAUUUGAAAUUACUUCCAAAUGAUAUCCAUAUUUAUAAACCAAAUGAAGUAAUACCAAAUCAACCAUCCGCAAUAUUUGGACAAUUAUUAGAUAUAAAAUUAAAUAAUCAAUUCAUUAUUCAUGAAUUUUCACUUGAAAAUAACACCAACCCCCCAGAUGUUGAAAUUAAACAUAUAGUCAUUAUUCAUGGAUAUAUGGCAGCCCUGGGAUAUUUCAUAAACAAUAUAGUCCCAUUAAUCUAUACUCCAGGUAUAAGGAUUCAUAUUAUUGACUUACCAGGUUUUGGUAAUUCUCUGAGACCUUCAUUUCCUAACGAAUUCUUGAGUGAACCAAACACUAUUCUGGAAAAGAUUGGUCAGAUUUUAAAGAUUGAAAAUUGGUUUAUAGAUAGAAUUGAACAAUGGAGAUUGGUUAGAAGAAUUGAUAAAUUUAAAUUGAUUUGCCAUUCUAUGGGUGCAUAUUUGGGUUGUUGUUACCUAAUGAAAUAUAAUAAGCAACCAAAAUUAGUUGAUGAAGUCGUGAUUGUAAGUCCAAUGGGAACAGAAUCUAGUCAUAAUAGUUUAUUAUUAAAUGGCAAUAGGAAAACUCCACUUAAUCAUGAUGAACCAGCAGGUGAUCCAUUUAAAGAAGUGUUUGAAGAAGAACAACCAAUCACUGAGGAAUUGCAGCAAUUUUGGACAAUGAUUGGUCAACCCAGAUUUCCUAAAAACAUCAUUCUAAAGACAUUAUGGCAAAAUAAUAAAACUCCAUUUGAUAUUCUUCAAAAAUUAGGACCUUUUUAUUCUAAAAUUCUUUCAUAUUGGUCAUUUCAAAGAUUUAAAAAUCUUGUAUCUACAACAGAUGAUCCCGAUUCUUCAUUGAUUUUAAAAUUACACGAUUAUUCAUAUUCUAUAUUCAAUCAAUAUCAAUUAUCAGGAGAAUUGGCAAUUACAAAAUUCAUAAAUCAUGAAAUAUUGGCCCGUUUACCUCUUUAUGAUCGAGGUUUAGUGGAUUAUUUGGUGACAUCAAAUGUGAAGAGUCUUUGGGUUUAUGGAGAUCAUGAUUGGAUGAAUCUGAACGGUGGGAAACAUAUAUACGAAAAGAUAUGUGAACAUGAUCCUAAUUUAGCCCAGUUUGAAAUUAUCGAAAGCGCAGGACAUCAUGUAUAUUUAGAUAAUCCAAAGGUAUUUAAUAAGAUUUGUAUAGACUUCUUUGGGUUGAACCCAGAAUUAUAG